GCGGCGAAAGAGCUAGCCAACCAGCGCGCUGUUCUAUCGUAUUGUUUUGUUUUGUUCCAGCCUCAACGUUUCGAGCAGGGGCUUUAAGGGUAAUACAGUACACCACCUUUCCCCGUCGUCGUCUUAAUUGUUUUCCGUAUUUUCCUCACAAUAUCGCCUGCGGUGUUGAGUUAUGCCCGGACAGACGACGGUUACUCUCUCCGUUGCUCCUAGCAACAGCAGCCCGCAAAAGCCUUUGCCUUUAGUUUUGAAGAAGAUAAUGGAGAUCCUACCGCCUAACAUACUCGACGACGGGGAUGAUGAGAUAGAGAAGGAGAAGCUGAGCUCCAUCGGAGACGGGGAGUCUUGCGGAGAUGGAGGCGGUGGAGGAUCCGGGGGCGCGGGCGGAGUUUCGGCCUCGCUCACUCCCACGAUUUGGGACAAGACCAUCCCGUACGACGGCGAGAACUUCCACCUGGAGUACAUGGACCUGGACGAGUUCCUGCUGGAGAAUCAAAUUCCUGCAGCUCUGGAGGAGGAGCUGCACAAGAGCCUGGAGCAGGAGGCCCAAGGUUCCCCCGCAGUCCCGGAAGUCUCGGCGGCCGUCCCACAGGUGCCUGGGGAAACAGAAAAAGCUGCAGAAGUGCAGAAGAUAAAAGGGGAGGACGAGAGUGAAAUAGCUGAGGCGCAGGUGAUGGAGAAUGCCACAGAGCCCGAAGAUAAGCCAGAGCGCGCCACUCCGUCUCCAGUCAACCCAGAGGAGAUCGAGGUGAGUGUGAAUUUCCAGCCAGACCCAGCGGACCUGGUGCUGUCCAGCAUUCCGGGAGGAGAGCUGUUCAACCCGCGCAAACACCGCUUCAGCGAGGACGAGCUCAAACCGCAGCCCAUGAUCAAGAAGGCCAAGAAGGUGUUCAUUCCCGAAGAUGCCAAGGACGAAAGGUACUGGUCGAGGAGGAAGAAGAACAACCUGGCGGCGAAGCGUUCGCGGGACGCGCGGCGUGUAAAGGAGAACCAGAUCGCCGUGCGCGCCAAUUUCCUGGAGCGGGAAAACGCGGCACUGCGUCAGGAAGUGGCCGAGCUCAGGAAGACCUGCAGCCGCUGCAAGAAGAUCAUGGCUCUCUACGAGGCCAAGUACGGCCCUCUGUAAGGACAGACACACGGCAGGGUCAUCAACAACCGUCACGAUCAACUAUCCGUCAAAUAUUCACACAGGGAUCAUGGGUAAAUUCAGCAGAAGUGUAAGUGGAAGUGUACGCUUGUAGACCGUAAGGUGAGGAAGUAUCGAAUAGAAAAGAGCUUACACUGGAAUUGUUCCGGAUAUUUUUCUCACUAUGAAUUACACAGGUGAAGGAUCUUUACAGGAUCACCCCGGGGUACUUCUCAUUUCUCUUUAUUAAAGGGAUACACACACAAAAACAUCAGUUAUAAUAUUAUUACAUGCUUUAAUAAUGUACAACAUCCUACUCAUCACCUGACGUCUCAUAAGAUCAGAAACUUAUACUUUUAUUAGAUCAUACUUAUAUCAUUUAUUGUUUGUUUGUUUGUUUGUUUGUUUUAUCGGAGGGGGGUCGGUGGAGCAUUUAUACCACAGGUUACAGCACGCUUAUAACAGAAAUGAAAUGAAUGGAGAUUUUAGAUCAUAAACAAUACUGAAGUUCUUUUCAAGCGGUGUUUUUUUUUUUUUUGGAAAGAAGCGUAACCGACGGUUACAGCGUCGGGUUUUCAUCUUGCUAAUGAAGAGUUACGCCCCGUAGAAGAACAGCACUGUGCUCUUCCUGACCAUUUCACGCCGGUCACAAAUAAAACAAACGGAACGACGGGAAUUACGUCCUGAUUGUAAAAAAAAUCCAAAAUAAAUCGAAAUAAUUUCACAUCAUUCGCCUUUUAGACGCGCUUUUCGCCUAGAAUUCCCAGAAAUGUAUCCGUGGCGUUUUCUAGAGCGAUUUCUUGAGGAAUUUCCCCGAGAUGAAGGCGUUCACACCGAUGCCGGACUCUUAUCACCUGCUUUUCGGAAAUAUUUCACCCCGAGUCGUCCGUUUAAUUAAAGAUUUAUUCGUAAAUAAAAUGUUAGUUUUCUAAUGAAAAGAAACGGAAUUCUAUUUUUGCUAGAUGAGGUUUCACGCGUUUAAUCACACACCUGCAGAUCAAAAGCUUUUUAACGAUCACGGUAAAGGGUUCAGUCGAGUGUCCACAAACUUUUGACCGGUAGUGUGUGUGUAUAUUUAUACAGGGCGUCCCUACAGUCUCCAUGCACGGGGGACAGGAACACUUUUUUAGCAGAAUGUCUUCCAAAAUAUUUCAUACUUGGUUUAUAUUAUAUUAUAUAUAUAUAUAUAUAUAUAUAUAUAUUUCCAGACGGCCUUUGAGAGAAGAAGAACGUAUUGGAAUCAAUCACGGCUGGAUUAGGAGGCUGGGUGAGACGACACCGUGCGUGUGUUCCUGCAGUGAAAUGCGAGAGCAGUCAUGUACAGGAUGGUUUUUUUUGUUUUGUUUUUUCUGUAAAUAAAGUUCCGUUUUGCUGAAAAGUGUCGAUGUGGCCGAUAUCCGGAGACCGUCGGGACACCCUGUAUAUACUCGUGACGUGAACCCAAACCGUAAUAGCUUUCGACUCGGAUCAUUCCUAGAACGAGGAACCGCUUGAAGCGAAUGAGAAGUACGAACCCUCAGUUGAAAUACGGAACUGAACACCUAACCGGAGAUUCUCCGUCGCCGUGUUGUGUCAGAGAUCCGGUUUCAUUUCCGUCUCGUUCGUGAGAAACCGGUUACGAUUGCGAACGCGAGGACGAACUACACGCCCUGUCCCACUUUCUCCUCUGGAGUGAAGCUCGCACUCCAGCAUGACCCGAGUGUGGCGAGUGAGGAGCAGAUUGAUUUAUUUAUUCGCUCUCCCAGCGAGAGAGAGAGAGUGUGUGUGUGUGUGUGUACCUGCAACUUCUUCCCUUUUUGUCCCGAUCAUGUGAUUGUGUGGUUUUGGCUCUGUAAGAAAAGAAUAAGCAGCGUGCUUGUGGUUUUUUAUUAUUAUUAUUAUUAUUAUUAUUAUUUGAAUAAUACAGUAAUAAUCAGUUAGUUUUCUGUUUUGAAGCACUGCUAUCAUUUCUCCACACACACACACACGGGCAGCUUCACAGGCAGCAGCACAUUAUCAGAGUAAGGCAGGGACUGUUAUUCUCAGCGACGAGCGCAAUCUUUAUACGACGCCACCUUUUCCGCUCACUCCGCAUAUUUACUGCUAAACAGAAACGAGGAAGACGCCGGACUUAUUUUUAAGAGACGUUUUCGGAUGAAAUCUUCGUAAAUACGCCAGUCCUUCGAAAAUCCUCUUCUUCCAUUUACCUUUACUAAGUGGAGCCCCUUUCGCCGUAGUGAUGAGUGACCCUUAAGCGAUGCCUACUGUUCCGCGUCUCGUGCGUCAGUGACGUGUACACCAUAUCUGAUCAAAAAAAAGAUCCUAUGAUCUAUAUUUAAAAUAAAAUUAAAAAGAUAGAUGAUAUGUAAUGACGAAUAUAAUGGAGUUGUUGUUCAGGGAUUUUUAAUCAAACUGUGAUCAGUGGACUUUUGUCCCCCCCCCCAAAAAAAAAAACCCCCAGGCAAUACAGUGUGAUUCAUGUUUACUUCCAGGCUACGAGUUAGGAAGAAUUCCGCUUUUUAAACAGGGGAUAAAUAGAUUCUCCAACAGGGGGCGUUGUGUGGAUGCACUGACCACUCAGGACAGGACAAGAUAGGAGAGAGAAAGCACGUUGUGUGUGUGUGUGUGUGUGUGUGUGUGAGAGAGUGAGAGAGAGAGAGAGAGAGAGAGAGUGAGCGAUAUCACGUGAGUCUAUGAAAAAAGAUCACGGAUUAGGUCAAAUCAAGUCUUUUGUCUUGUGAGGCUGGAUCCCAGGCGGUUUUCUACUCGCUGUAUACAGCGUGUGCGCUCGAAGGUGUGGAGCGAUGCAUCCCGAUCAAUCCCUUCAGGAUUUUGCGAUCGCGGGUAAUGAACACGAGGUCAAGCAAACGGCGCAAUAUUCGGAGCUUGCAGCCGAAACCGCAGGUUUAGCAACAAACGUUUAGCAACAAACGUCACCGUGAAAGGCCGUUUCGCCAAUUCAGAUCGUUUUCAGAAAAGAACAAACUACGGAAAACUACUUGAAUUGGCGGAAUCGCAGUUUCACUGAACUGUCUUGCGCGACCUUUCACAGUGGUGUUUGUUGGUAAACGAGACCUUUUAGCCGUACGCAUGUUCAACGCACGUGAAUCGAAGAGGGCUGUGACUGAACGCACGUCGUGACGACGUCACACGAGGAGUCUCGGCCUAAAUCGUCUGAAAAUCUGCGGUAAUUUUGAAAAAUCGCAAGCUCCUGCGAAUGUCGUGGAGUUUCCUUGAUUCUGCGUUCCUUUCUGCGCUCGCAGAAUCCUGAAGGGACCGAUACAUGGAGCACUGCACACAUGGCCAAAAGUUUGUGGACACCUGACCAUCACACCCAUAUGUGGUUCUUGCUAAAGUUUGAAGCACAGAUUUGUACAGAACGUCUGUGUGCUGUAGCGUUACGGUUUCCCUUCACUGGAACUAAGAGACCCAAACACUGUUCCAGCGUGACGAUGCACCUGUACACAAAGCCAGCUCCAUGAAGACGUGGUGCGUGAAGGUUGGAAGAAGGUGGAAGAUCUGGAGUGUCCUGCACAGAGCCCUGACCUCAACCCCACUGAACACCUUUGGGAUGAACUGGAACUGGAGCCUUCUCGACAUCCCAACAUCAGCACCUGACCUCAUCCUCACUAACGCUCUUGUAGCGGAAUGAUCACAAAUCCCCACAGCCACGCCCCAAAAUCCCCACAGCCACGCCCCAAAAUCUAGUGGAAAGCCUUCCCAGAAGAGAGUGGAGCGCGUUAUAACCGUAAAGACGGAAUCAAUCUGGAACGGGACGUUUGAUAAAGAACGUAUGGGUCUGAUGGUCAGAUGUCCACAAACUUUUGUCCAUGUAGUGUAUCUAAUGAGUGUUAAUUUAGAAUUCAGCUUGUAAAAGUGCACUACCAAGAUGGAGAAGAACAUCCUGGACAUUCCCUGUAGUGCACUUGAUGUCCAACAGGAAGUGAUCUGGCACUAGAGUUGUAUGUGGUGUGUGUAUAUAAUAUAUAUAUAUAUAAAUAAAUAUAAUAUAACACAGACUAAAGGAUUAUCUCUAAUCUUAUCAAAUUUGCAAUGUGAUUGCAUUAUUUAUUUAUUUAUCAACGAUCUUUUAUAACGAUCUUCAAAAGAAGGUUAGAAAUAACAGAAGAACGAUGACGGGCUUCCACUUCUCAAUCUUAACGACUGAUACGGGAUAUUUCAUCUGGUUUACACCGGACAAGAUGUAUGCUUAUUCCGUCUCGUACCUUAAAAGAGUAGCACACUACGGUGUUUUUGUUGUUGUCGUUGUUGUUUUUUGGUAAACAGGGUCGUUUAAGGCAGCGUGCACGUUACAUGGUUUUAUCCUUGUAUGUGAUUUGAAACACUUCCCACCCAACAAAGCCCGAGAUAUUUUCCAUGCGAGCGAGUUUACGAGAGAGCGAGGGAACCCGUCGGGGUGUAAGAAAGGGACGAUCAUCACAGAUCCGCGACGUUUGGCGAAGGCCACGUCGUGAUCUCUGGUAGACACGGAGGAUAGACCGGUGGGAAAUUCCCACAUACGAGCGAGUGAGGACCGUGCAACCGUGUCUGUUCAUUUUGAUGCUCUUGACUCUCGAUAUCGAUAGCGUCCACUCAAUAUCACUACAAUCACGGGUGACAUUAAAAAAAAAAAAUUAUAUAUAUACCCACAUAACACAAACGCUGUGUUCUUCGUGUUCCUUUGAUGUGUAACGACGUGCUAAUGAAAUCCUCUUUUUAAAAAUGGUUGUGUUUUUCUUUCUUCCAACUGUUUCUCCUUUCCUGUGUUCUACAGUACUGAGAUCUACUUUAUAUUCAUCGGUACGUAGACGCAACAGUGUGGGGAAAAAAGAAUAGUUUAGUUUUGUGGUCAAGUUUUAGGUUUUAAACGUGUGGCGACGAAUCUCUUCCACUAAACCCUGUGACAUGUAGCACUAAUGCGUCGUUUCACCCAAAUACAAUCUUUUUUUUUAUUUUUUAAAGAAAGAAUUCUUUUGCUCUUUUGUUGUAGUGUCAUGUAACGAUUUUAGAUUUUAUGUGUUUGUAGUAAAAAAAAAAGUGUUGCAUAACGUCAGACGUUGUCCUGUACAAUAAAGUGGACUUUGCAUUCAUUGA